UCUCUCUACGUGCUGUUGUGUUUGGACUGAAAUUCCGAAUCGCAAUAUUUGACAAGAUACUACUUACCAUUUGCGUUGUAGUUGCACCCCCUUCUUUCUCGCCAUCUCUUCUUCCUUUAUGUUUGUUAUUUGUUAUCAUUUCGAUUUCAUUUUCGCAACUUCUUUUGCAAUUGCUGUUACAAAAUCAAUAAAUCUGUCAAAUUUUCUACCCAAAGUUCCAAACUUGCUCUCGUUUUCAUCAAAAACCACUCCGAAUUCUGGUGGGUCCGCACCAGUUUGACUGAUCGUUCGUUCAUCGCAGCGUAAUCUGCAAGCGAGCGAUGAAGGGUGUGGGAGGAUAUCACGAUUGGCCCUAUUACUCUUCGCCGGCUUCAAAUUUAUCAGCUUUUGCGGCGCCGUUUAGUGUGAAUCCCUACACUUCCAGUGAGGCUUCGUCUCAGUUCAUGGAUUCAGCCGAAUCCGCAGAAACUGUGCCCCCAAUUCACUUUCAGCCCUACGGGUACGAUUUCUUUUCGAGCCCCGUUAGACAAUUGGAUUCCAGUGCGCAAUUCCCUCAUCUGGGUUUGCCUUCUUAUCCCGCAAGGUCAAGCCUUGUUGAAGCCCAACCCUACUAUGCGUCUUCUGCAAUUCACGAUCACUCUUCUAAUUCGGCGGCGCCUUAUCAUUGGUCUUCUGAGGCUCCCUCUUCGGGUUGGCCUUCGCUUAGGGUAGCUAAUAAGUCACCCGAAUUAGGGUUUUCUGGUCAAGGUGGUGUUUCCUGGGACCAGUUUCCGGAGUUCAAUAGCCGCAGUAAAGAGAAACUGAUCGAAGUUGGGAGAAGUCUCUCCUCAAAGGAAACAAAUGUGGCUGGUUCGGUUGGUGAACAAAAGAGGAACCAAGGGAAUCAAGAUGUGAAGGACUCUGCUAAUUGUGAGGUUCCACAAAUUAUUGAUUGGGAAAACUACAAUAUGCCUGCAAGUGCAAAUCAUAUACAUGAUACAUCUAACUGGUGGGGAACUAUCAAACCCAUGCCAGUUGAAUUUUCUGGUACAUCUGUUAUGCGAUCCCCUUCAAUGUCUCUAGAAACUCAUCAAGAGGCCCCUUUGAAAGUAGUUUCUGAUUCAGGGAACAAUCACUCGUUGAACAUUGGUUCAUAUGACAAACACUCAAGGCAUGGUGAUAAACCUUCAAGAGUUGAUACUGUUUCUUCAAUGCCUAGAACAGGGUUGGUUACAGAUUUGAAUAUUGAGGAUAUUAUAGCAGAUGAACAUGUUGGGCACAAUGAUUUCUAUAAUACAAAGGAGGCUUCUCACAUGCCUAGUCCUGGAACUGCUGGGUUCUUUGAUUCAGGUCCUAUCCAUAUGCAUCUAGGAAGAAAUGAGCCUUCCUCAUCAAACAAAGCAAUGAUUUCAGACAAGAAUGUUUCGAUGAAUGUUGUUGAUUAUAUAUUUAGAGGAAGUCAUGCAAAUGUGGAUAAUUUAAGAUUGAGACCUAAUGCUACUGAGGGUGCCAAUUUUGUUCAGAAAUCUUUUGAGGGUGUUGACCAAUGCAAUCCGGCUGAAGACUCACCUUGCUGGAAGGGAGCUUCUGCUGCUCGCUUUUCUCAUUUUGAACCUUCUGCAGCUCUGCCUCAAGAAUAUGUACACAAAAAGGAAAUCAGCUUUGGUUCUAUCAUUCAGGAGCCUCAGAAUAUUCUGCUUGAUACAGAAAACAAUAUGAAAAAAUCAGGUGAAAAUUCAAAUGGCUAUCAAACGCAUACCAAAAUUGUCAAUCAGGAAAGAAGUUCAGCAGGUUCUCCAAGGAAAUUUUUGGUAACAAAGUUUGCACCUGAAUAUUUCAAGUCAGGUAGUGCUGUGAAUGAUGGUCCUUUUCAAUCUAAGCCUAGCUGUGGUUUUGGACUUCAUUAUCUGGAUAUUACCAAAAUGAAGGAAAAUACUGUGCCACCAGCCAAGCCAACUGACUGUGCAUCUGGAUCUUCUCAGAUGGGGCUUCAACAUGUAGACUUAAAGGAAUUUAUUAUUUUUCAGAAACAGCAAGCUUUAGUAUGUACAGGUGAUGUAGAUUCUGGAUGCAAUGUGAAUAAUUGCUCGGAAUAUAGUUCAUCUUGCUCUGCUGAACAUGUCCCGCCUUCACCUUCUUCAGUAGUAGAUACAACUACUACACCUGAAAAUUCAGCUAGGAAAGUAUCAACUGAAAAAUUAAAUGUCCAAAUGCUGCUUGAUACAUUGCAAAAUUUAUCAGAAUUGCUUCUUUAUCAUUGCUUAAAUGAUGCCUGUGAAUUGAAAGAGCGAGAUUGUAAUAUCCUUAAAAACGUGAUCAGUAAUCUUAAUACAUGUGCUUUAAAGAAUGCUGAACAAAUUGCCCCUGCACAAGAAUGUUUUUUCAAUCAGCCAGAAACUUCUAAGAGUGCUCGAGAAUCACGUGAGUUUCACCAGAAUGCAAGUUUCAAGAGGCCACAAUUAACCAAGACAGAAAUGACAAAGGCUUGUAACAUGACUAAGGAUCUAAAGAGGAUUCUUAGUGAGAAUUUCCAUGAUGAUGAUGAAGGAGCAGAGCCUCAGACUGUAUUAUAUAAGAACCUGUGGCUUGAGGCUGAAGCUGCACUUUGUUCCGUCUAUUACAAGGCUCGCUAUAAUCAAAUAAAGAUUGAAAUGGAUAAACAUUCAUACCAGGAAAAAGAGAUGGAGAAGCAAUCUAAAUCUGAGGUUGUUCCGUCUUUGAGCCAGAGUCAGAGUUUUGCAACUAAAGUGCAUCAUCCAAACCCUGAUUCUUCUGCUGCCCUUAAAUUUCGUGUCUUGGAUGCAACCAAUCUGGAGGAACUAUCUUGCUUGAAUAUUUCCACUGAUAUGAACAAGCCUAAUGCAAUGACACCUGAAGGAAAAGGUGGUCAAAACCUGGAUAGCUUCAUCAAUAAUUAUUUUGUUCCCUGCUCAGACGAUGAGGCUGAAAGAAAUGAUGAGUCUUCUGUUAUGGCCAGAUACCAAGUUCUCAAAGCCCGGGUUGACCAGUCAUCCAUUGAUAAUCUGGAGGAACCAUUAGACAUAGCAGACAAGUCAUCACCUAGAGGGAGGGAUAAUCAAAACCAAGUUAGUUUAUCCCAAGAUUCUCCUAUUCCUGAAAAAAACUGUACUGAUUAUGAGACAUCUGUUCUGGCUAGGUUUCAUAUUCUUAAAUCCCGGAUUGAAGGUUCAAGUUCUACUUCAGAAGGGAAGCAAUUAGAUGGAGAUGGAUCUGCUGGCAAAGAAAUGGAUGACACAACAAAUUCAACAUAUGUAUCUGAGGGUAAAAGUUUGGACGUCCAUGUAAAUCCUGCUGUGGUGCAUCUCAAUUCCUACACUGCCGUGGACAAGUCAAUCCCAAAAGAGUUUCAUCUGGAUUCGGAGGACAAUCAAGAAACUCAGCCUAGUGGAACCUGUGAGUUUCAGCCUCCUACUUACUACUCCGAUGGCUUUGCAUCAGAUUGGGAACAUGUGGAGAAAAGCUUGUAGGCCGGUUUUGAAACCUAUAAGAGUUAUUUUAUAUGGUUCAAUAAAUGUUUAUGUUUUGAGUAUAUGACUGAAUAAAUGUUUAUGGGUUAGGGUUAUUAUCUUUAAUCAGACAUUCAUAUUGCAGAAUUUGGUCUUUAUCAGUCUUUGUUUGUAUAUAACAAUGUCAGACUUUAUUUUUAUCUAAUGUGUGCUUGCUCACUUGCACAUGUUGAUAAAUAAGUGCAAGUGAAAGAAAAAAUAAGUUGUUAAAUUGCCAAAGAACAGACCAUUUAGUCUUCCAAA